AUGUAUCCGUACGUAUAUGAGAAAAAGGGGACUCAGAGACUCCAGACCUCCGUCAUUCCAUCUCAGCAGGGCUGCUGGCGCUGUCUGAGUCUCUGCCGCUGCCAACAAGCCCGCAUGACACACCUCAAAGAGACAGGUCUAGACCACGGACCCUCCCAAAAAGUAGGCGGGGGCCAAGCCGGACCGCCGCCCUCCCGGCGCGCCUCGCACCGGCCCUCCUCUAACAAACGUUCUUCCCUACAUCCAACGACACUAGCUCUCUAG